AAGCAUAAAUAAUCUUCCCGCGAGCAUUUCAUUGUUAGGAGGUCUGAAAAUUGUUCGAUCAGAAGACGGAACAACCACAACUACAACUACAACAACAGGAGGCUGCUGUACUGUACUGUACCAUACCAUAUUUUCUCUUGUUGGCACGAAUGGAUCUUACUGCACUGCAUCAAUAACAGGAUGUAGAGACGAAGAGGGGCUGAAAAUGAGGGAUGUCAUGUUUAUGAAGCUAUCAUACAAGAAUGGACUCAGCAGGUGCAGGAUAUGGUAAUAUGAAGAAGUUUGCUGUGGUUGAGUACUAUUCAAAGAUUUGGAAUUAUCAUGAUGAAGCUGCAGCCCAGAAACAGCAGCCACGUCUGGCGGUUUUAUGGGAUCAAUUGGAAAAAUUGUCGAGAGGGAGACGGGGACGAGAACCAGAGGAUAGAAAUCGAAGGGCAGAACCAGAAACAGAGAAAGAGAGCAGAACUCGAUCGAUUGAGAGGGAGCAAGACGGGAAACUGUCGAGAAGGAGGGAGCAAGAUAGGAAGCCGAUCGGGAGAGGGAUUGAUCAGAAAUCGACAGCAGAGAGAGGAAGCAGAAACUGUUUACUGAGAAGAAGCAGAGACUGUCGAACGAGAGGAACGAGAACCAGAAAUCGGGAAGAAACGGAUCUUGGACGAUAUGCCUUUGGUCAUUCAUGUAACGAGGUUGGAACAGGACUCUCAUGUUCCAUAUCAGCAGAGAUAUAUAUCUUGUUGGACGUAAAGUUUUGUCUUUUGCUUCAUAGUAACUUAAAUUGUUAAGAUAUGAGAACCRGGUUUAGGUGAUCUAUGAUUAAUUGAUGUUUUGCUUCAAGAAAUGCCCGAAGAUAUGGAAUCUUAAAACUUAGUGUAAUCUAUAAUCUCUUCUUGGAUAUUUUUCUUAAAAGUGCCGUGGGAUCCGUGGUUCUCAUUCACAUCCAUUAUAUUCAAAUGUUACAUUCUUCCCUACAUAUAUAAUCUUUAUCUAAUUCCAACCUGUUGCAACUUAAAAUCCUAGUGCCAAUUAGUCAAACAUUCUUCUUCUUCAACAAUGAGAUCUGCAUUUCAGGCAAAAACUUCACCUACAUUAUGUGAAUUAACGUUUUCGGUUCCAGGAAGUCCGUCAUACAUUUCUGUCAAUAUGCAAGUUAUCAAGCAGGUAAAUGGGAUGCUCUUCAAAUUCCAGAAAAAAUUAUUCACUGAAAUGAUGUUACUGUCAAGUAGUGUGAACUGCAGUUCUCGACCGAUAGUUUCUGGUGCUGUCUUGUUGCUGAUUUGCUGUGUUCUUGAUGUUGGUUUGCUACUACAGCAGCUGUUGGUGUAAUCAUCUCUCUUAACUAGCCUCAACCUUGCAAACUCGACUCUUGUUUUGGUUGUGAAAACUGGGCCUGCUUUGUUUAUAGCU